GGGACUUCCGGCUUCGUCGGCGUGGACGUUUGUGGUGGUGCGUGUUGAUCCGCACUCUCAGAACUGUGCUGGGAAGGAUGGUAGGGCGACUGGGUCUCACCUCCGCACCGUUGUAGGACCCGGGGUAGGAUUUUGAGCCCGUGGGAGCUGCCCCACGCGGCCUCGUCCUGCCAACGGUCGGAUGGCGGAGACGAAGGACGCAGCGCAGAUGGUGACCUUCAAGGAUGUGGCCGUGACCUUUACCCGGGAGGAGUGGAGACAGCUGGACCUGGCCCAGAGGACCCUGUACCGAGAGGUGAUGCUGGAGACCUGUGGGCUCCUGGUUUCACUAGGGCAUCAGGUUCCCAAACCAGAGUUGGUCCACCUGCUAGAGCAUGGGCAGGAGCUGUGGACAGUGAAGAGAGGCCUCUCACACCCCACCUGUGCAGGUGACAGAGCACAAGUUCAUACCAGAGAGCCAACCACUUACCCGCCAGUCUUAUCUGAGCAGGCCUUUCUCCAGGGAAGCCUGACUCUGGAAUCUUCAACCUCAAGUGAUUCGAGGUUGGGGAGAUCUAGGGAUAAGGAAGGGCUUUUGGAAAUGCAGAAAGGUAAAGUGACACCAGAGACAGACCUCCACAAGGAGACCCAUCUUGGGAAAGUGAGCCUUGAAGGUGAAGGUUUGGGGACAGAUGAUGGUCUGCACUCCAGGGCCUUACAAGAGUGGUUAUCAGCAGAUGUUCUCCAUGAAUGUGAUACACAGCAACCAGGGAAAGAUGCCUUGAUUCAUGCAGGGACAAACCCCUACAAAUGCAAGCAGUGUGGGAAAGGUUUUAACAGGAAGUGGUAUCUCGUUCGACAUCAGAGGGUUCACACUGGAAUGAAACCCUAUGAAUGCAAUGCGUGUGGGAAAGCCUUUAGCCAGAGCUCAACUCUCAUUCGGCACUACCUCAUCCACACCGGGGAGAAACCAUACAAGUGCCUUGAGUGUGGGAAGGCCUUCAAACGCAGGUCAUACCUCAUGCAGCACCAUCCAAUCCACAGUGGAGAGAAACCCUACGAGUGCAGUCAAUGUCGAAAGGCCUUCACCCACCGGUCUACUUUUAUCCGCCAUAAUAGGACCCACACUGGAGAAAAACCCUUUGAGUGCAAAGAAUGUGAGAAAGCCUUUAGCAACAGAGCCCACCUAAUUCAACACUACAUCAUCCACACUGGAGAGAAGCCCUAUGAUUGCAUGGCAUGUGGAAAGGCCUUCAGAUGCAGCUCAGAACUGAUACAGCACCAGCGGAUUCACACUGGGGAGAAGCCUUAUGAAUGCACCCAGUGUGGGAAAGCCUUUCACCGGAGCACAUACCUCAUUCAACACUCUGUCAUCCACACUGGGGAGAUGCCCUACAAGUGUAUCGAGUGUGGGAAGGCCUUCAAACGCAGGUCACACCUUCUGCAGCACCAGAGGGUCCAUACAUGAGAGAACCCUAUUGUUGCAAUGAGUACAGCAAGGCCUUCACCCACUGUUCUUAUUUUAUCAUUCAUAAUGGGACCCACACUGGAGGAAGAAGUCCUUCGAGUGCAAAGAAUGUCAGGAAACGUUUCAUUUUUUUUUGUCAGCUCUUUCUUAACUAACACAUGAGCAGUCACUUUGGAGAGAAGCCCUGUGAAUACAGUGAAUGUAACGAUCCCUUCAGUCACCACCCAGUUCUCACUCAUUGCAGAAGGAUUCAUACCAGAGGGAAAUGUGGAAGCCGUUCCAUCAACACCAGAGAACUCAUGCUGGAGAAAGAUAUUCCAAAUAUAACUAUUAAGGACAGUCUUUGGCCAGAGGAAAAAUCUUACUAUCUGAGAAUCAUAAUGAAAAGUUACUACAUAAUUGUCAUUGAUGUGAGAAAACUUUCUGUGACCAGAUCAUCACUUACUUGUCCUAUAAAGAGCCAUGCUGGAAUUUGACCCACCUUGGGAUUUUCUCUAUGAACUUAUGAAAACCUUCAGUCACAGGACAGAGUGCACAGUUUCCUGUGGGAAGGAGAGUUGACUCUUGAGGACCCCCACCCUCCUGCAUCCUUUCUCUGGAAGCCUGCAUGUAUUGUAGCUGUGGCUGUACUAAGGCCCUGGGUUCAAGAAAGCUGGAGGAAUCCCUCUAGAAACAUACUGGCUGUCAUCAAAGGGUACUUUCCAGGCCUGAGGACCUAGGCCCCAGUUUGUCCCAAAGCAGGAGUGAUGUUUUCCAUGGGAUAAAGGACACCCUAGGGUUUUUCUUAGCUUCCAGCUCUUUCCGUACAGUUUUAAGUGUUUGGUACAAGGAUCUACUAUGAACUUGCUGCUGUGAUAGGCAGGAAUCUCAUGAGAUACCUGUCAUUUAGCUUCAUGGCCACUCACUGUUGUGGUCAUACUUGGAAGAGUGGGAUGCAGUGGAUGGCUGGGCUAUGGGUCCUGCCCUUGAGCAGGGAAGGAACUUACUGUCUAGUAUAGGAAAAACACAUGAGAACAGGUGCAAUAUAUUGACCUAAACUUGUUUAGCACCCAUUUUUAAGUCAGUAAAAGUUUUGAACUUACAGUAAAAGUUGUGAACUUCUGUUAUGUUUUCCACAAAUAGUUUACGAUUGAGGUAAAACGUGUUUUGUUUUUGUUUUGUUUUGUUUUUGAGAUGGAGUUUCACUCUUGUUGCCCAGGCUGGAGUGCAGUGGCGCCAUCUGAGCUCACUGCAACUUCUGCCUCCCGAGUUCAAGGGAUUCUCCUGCCUCAGCCUCCUGAGUAGCUGGGAUUAUAGGCGCCCACCACCAUGCCCGGCUAGUUUUUUUGUAUUUUUAGUAGAGAUGGGGUUUCACCAUGUUGGCCAAGCUGGUCUUGAAUUCCUGACGUCAGUCCACCCACCUCGGCCUCCCAAAGUGCUGCAAUUACAGGCGUGAGCCACCACGCCUGGCGGAGGUAAAACUUGUUUCAUGUUCAUGUUUGUUAGUGUAACUUUGUUAUAUUUAAUGAACAAAUUAGAUAAAAAGCACUAUGCUCUUAUGGCGCUUAAUCUGUGAGAAAUGAUUGUGGGGGUGGGACUAGUUAUGACCAUUCACAGUUGGUGCACUUCAAUUAGUAAAUCUAACAGAGGAAAUGUGGACAGUAAAUUAACUCAGCAAGUCGGUCAUGCAAAGAUGAAUUAGAAAUCUUAAUGUUUGUAAGUAGACAAAAAAUGUGUCUGGAUGGAUCCUCACCCAGUUAAAUGGUAUUUGUUCCUUGGGUGUAGAGAGAGAGAAGGGAUGGGGCAGAGGGGAGUGUCAGAGUGAACAUUCACUUUAACUUCAUGCACAUAUGGAAAUGUUUGAAAUGUUCACAGUAAAUUUUAUAAUUUCAGAAAAACCGUUUAAGGUUGAAAAGAGAAAUUUAAGAAAUUGCCGAUGGAAUAAAAACAUAAUAGAACUAGAACAUUGAAGGAAAUAAGCAGGAAGGAAAGCACCAAAAGUGAUUUGGAAGAGAAAUUCUAAAAUGAAUGUGAACAACAGAGUGAUCAGAAGAGUGCAGGGAAUUAAUAGUUUCUUUAAACAAGCCAUUUCACAGUGGAAGCCUGUUUAUCUUGAAAUUACUGUGGUUAUUAUUCACUCUGCCCUUUGAAGAACUGCAGAGAUUCAUAGGACAAUGUUAAGUGUUUGUGUCUCCAAAACAGAUGUUGGAGUUGUUACCCUCAGAACCCCAGGUAAUAUGUUAGUUAAUCCAUUAGGGUAGUUCCUAAUUGGCUAUGACUGUGUCCUUAUAAAAAUGGGAAAUUUGGUCACAGAGGCAGAUGUACAGAGGAAAGAUGAUGUGAGGACACAGGAAGAACAUCUUCAAGCCAAGGAACACAUGGGGCCACCAGAAGCCGAGAGAGAAGCAUGGAACAUGUGUUCUAGUAAGAAGUGUCUGGGUUGUUUUGGUUUUUCUUUGGGGUUUUUGUGGUAUUAAAUUAUUUUUAAAUUA